GGACCUAUUGAUUCGCCUUUUGUCAAGAUUGUUCAUGUCGUUUUCGUCUGUGGGUUCAAUACAGUACUGUGUGUACUACACAAACUUACUUAUAAUGUCGGGUCGUGAGGUACCGUCUGUGUGGCAGUUAUUUGCUAUAUUAUUUUUAGUUUUUGUUCCAUGCGCUUUGUGCGACUACUGUGAAGGAUAUACGGACUCAUCUGGGGUCUUUAAUAGGGGGUUCUACUGUUUGCGUUACUAUCAAGAAUAUUGCUGUGGAUCAACUUCAACAGGAAAGUAUUGCUGCGAUUGGGAAGAAUACCAAGACUGGUCCAAAGGUCAAGAUGAUGAAGGAAUGAGUACAUUGGUGGUAGUGUUGAUUGGUGUUAUAAUAUUUAUUGGUGUCAUCUCUUUUUGUAUUAUUUUCGUGUGUGUUUGUGUUGUGACUGCUCCAAACAGUAAUUCGUCUACUAAUGGAUCCAGCGUUCACCUCAGACGAACGAGAGUGAUGCCGAAACCAGACAAUGAAAUAUUAGGCCCUCCUCCAUAUCCUGCGAUGGGACCACCACCAGCCUACGACGACAUAUACCAACAUUCUGAAAAUCAUAAUAGACCACCAGCUUACACGGUGUCAGCGCAGGUUCCAUCUAUAACAAUAAGACCAGUUCAUCAAGUGGAUACUUCAGCCAUAAAGUAAAUGAAUGUAAAUGUAUAAUACAGGUUUAUCAUUGUGUUUCUGACUCCAGGGUUUGUAAACGUUCGCCAGGAAUACAGAAUACAGAAUACAACACUUUGAUUGGUCUUGGAAAGAGCACAAUGUACAAGCGUCGUUGUUGGCAAACCAUGUAAAAGUCACUACAGAAUAUAAUACAAAUAUUAAAUCCCGUAUAUCGUAAAAAAACACAAAAACAUUAUGAUAUGGCACAAAUGAUAUAAAAUGGUAUAUUAAAAUUCGUUCUUACAAAAUUGUAAUUACUGCAAAACAUUACAAACAUUCAGUUGUACAAAGGUACUAACAUUUGGUGGAAAUGAAGACAAUGAGAGUAACUGCUUGUGAGAGAAAGUGGUUUUACGUCGUUUUUUUAUGUAAAGACAGCAACCAUAAUAUUAGCAGUGGCUGAUAUAGGAAUUCAAAAUAGGGGACCGAGAGAAGUCCUUUCACAGAUAGAGGGUCCACCCACCUCAGCCCAUGGUGGGGGUAUUAGGCAUGAAAAUUUACGAUUAUGCCACCUCCAGAAGGCCGGAAAUGACACUCCCAGACCUAAAUUUGAUUAUAGGCCUAAUUUUAUCUUUUCUCUAUUUUUUCUAUUUUAAAAAUAAACACCCACAGCAGACUAUAAGAAUGUGUAUUGGGGACUAAAAUGUCAUUGUCCUUUUUAAUCUGUAUUACAAAUAGUCUACAAAAAAAGUCACCUUUUGUUACUGUUAUUAUUAUAUCAUUUAUUAUUAGGCCUAGCAUAAGACAGAGGUCAUUACCAUUAAUAUUAAUAUAAGGCAAUUUGUUA